AUGUCUCACAGGGCUCGGCUCGCUGAGCUCAAGGCCCUUCGGGCUUCUGGCAAGAAGGCUUUCGAUAAUUACAAAGUUGCCGACGUCGAUGAUCUAUACGACGAGGUUGAUGAGGAUGGAUAUAAAAAGGUUGUCCGAGAAAGGUUGAACCAGGACGACUUUGUUGUCGAUGACAAUGGCGAAGGUUACGCAGAUGACGGCCGCGAGGACUGGGAUCGAGUACAAGCCUACGAAUCCGAUAGUGAAGAAGAGGCCGGUGUCCGUGGACGACCCAGCAAGGCCGCAAAAAAGAGUCGUCAAGAAGAACAAACCAAGCGAGAUGCCAGCGAUAGGGACAUUAGCGAGUACUUCAAAGGCGCCAACAGGACGCAGCCUAAGCCCAAGGCUGUAAAGACAAAGGCCGAUGACGAUUUCCUGUCUGAUUUACUCGGCGAGGUCGAUAGCAACAUUCCAGAACCCGUCCGCCAUAUCUCCAAAGUCGAAAGAUCUGGUGGUGGCCGCCGCAAAGCCAGGGCUCUUUCGCCUGCCCCAGAACCCAUUUCCAAGAAAAAGAAGAUCAUCGAUACCCGAAUGUCAUCCCCUCCUCCAGCUCUCGACGACGAAGACAACUUCUUCCCUCCUGCCGACGAUGAUCUCUUGGAAACUGCAGAUGUCCCCAUGAGUGAUCCAGCACCUUCUUCGCCAGCUGCAAAAGUCGCACAGAGGAAAGCUCAGAUCAAACAAGAACCAAAAGACGACGACGACGACGACGAUAUGAUGGAGGUUGCCCAUACCGGAGCCAUUGCUACAACCAGUGUCAAUUUGACCAGCAAAAGGCCAAUCAAGAAGAUUAUCAAGGCAGACAUUGAUCCGACACCCGCCAGCUCUUCUCCUGUCAAGCCCAACGUUGCCUCAGUAAACGCCACCUCCUGGAAUGCUUUGACGGAGAGACUCAAUGUUGUCUCAAGCUCGCCAGCGGAAGUAAAGAGCAUUGGAAAAAUCGACCACAAAGAUGCCAUCGAGGAGGACGGCAGUCUCAACUUCUUCUGGACCGACUAUACGGAGCUCAAUGGCAGCCUUUUCCUCUUUGGUAAAGUACUGAACAAAAAGACAAAGUCGUACGUUAGCUGUUUUGUCAAAGUGGAUAAUAUCUUGAGAAAGCUAUAUUUCCUGCCGCGCGAGCACCGCAUGCAAGAUGGCGAGGAAACGGGCGAGGAGGUCGAGAUGAUGCAGGUGUAUGACGAAAUUGACACCAUGAUGACCAAGAUGAAUGUCGGCAUGUACAAGAUCAAGGCUUGCACAAGAAAGUAUGCCUUUGAACUUCGUGAUGUUCCCAAAGAAGCUCAGUAUAUGAAACUUCUCUACCCUUACAACAAGCCAGAGAUCGACCCCAACCGACCUGGCGAAACUUAUUCCCACGUCUUUGGAAGCAACACCUCCUUAUUUGAACAAUUCGUUCUCUGGAAGAACAUCAUGGGUCCGUGUUGGCUCAAGAUCGAAGACGCUGACUUUGAUAAGCUGAAAAACGCUUCGCACUGCAAGCUUGAAGUUGUGGCCGAUCACCCAAAUAUGGUUUCUGUCCUCAGCGAAUCCGACAAUCUCGAUGCUCCUCCCUUGACUCUCAUGAGUGUCUCACUUAGGACCGCCUUUAACGAGAAGGACAACAAACAAGAGAUUUUAUCUAUCAGUGCAAGAAUCUAUGAAAAAGUGUCCCUCGCGGACACUACACCUGCUGAGAAAUUGCCUUGCCGGACUUUCACGGUCAUCCGUCCACAUGGCCAGUCUUUCCCUCUGGGCUUUGACCAGCUUGCAAAGAAGAGAAACCGUGGCUUGAUCGUCUUGAAAAAGCAAGAGGCGGAUAUUCUUGCGUUCUUCCUUGCUCAAGUUGAUGUUGCUGACCCAGAUGUCAUCCUUGGUCACCAGUUGGAAGGCGUAGACUACAGUGUACUCCUCAAUCGCUUGCACGAGAAGAAGAUCCCUGGGUGGUCCAGACUGGGUAGGCUUCGCCGCACACAGUGGCCAGCAUCGAUUGGCAAGACAGGCGGCAAUGUUUUUGCUGAACGCCAGAUACUCUCGGGUCGUCUCAUGUGUGAUCUCGCAAACGACGCUGGAAAAUCAGUCAUGCUCAAGUGUCAGUCUUGGAGUUUGACGGAGAUGUGUAGUCUAUACCUGUCUGGAGACAACCGUCGCCGUGAAUUCGAUAAUGAGGUUGCUCUGAAAACCUGGGCCAAGGAAAAGCAGGGUCUUCUCGACUACAUCACCCACAUGGAAGCUGAUACGCACUACAUCGCAGCUUUGGCUCUAGGUGUUCAAAUGUUGCCCCUGACCAAGGUUUUGACUAACCUGGCAGGAAACUCAUGGGCACGAACCUUGACUGGAACUCGUGCAGAACGAAACGAGUACAUUUUACUUCAUGAAUUUUACCGCAACAAGUACAUCUGUCCCGACAAGCAGACUUUCCGCAGUCGGCAGCGUGCUGAAGAAGCGCAACGUGAAGGGGAAACUGCCGAAGGAAAAAAGAAGGACAAAUACAAGGGUGGUCUGGUUUUUGAGCCAGAAAAGGGCCUAUACGACAAGUUUGUACUUGUCAUGGACUUCAACUCUUUGUAUCCCUCCAUUAUCCAAGAGUUCAAUAUCUGCUUCACAACAGUAGAUAGGCCAGACACCAAAGAAGGAGACGAUGAGGUCCCCGAGGUUCCUACUAACCAAGACCAGGGUAUUCUUCCCAGGCUUAUUGCCACUCUCGUCAGCCGUCGUCGUCAAGUCAAGAGUCUCAUGAAGGACAAGAAGGCCACUCCAGAGGAGUUGGCCACAUGGGACAUCAAGCAGCUUGCUCUCAAGCUAACUGCCAACUCCAUGUACGGAUGUUUGGGAUAUACCAAGUCACGCUUCUACGCUCGACCUUUGGCUGUCUUGACUACGUUCAAGGGCCGCGAGAUUCUUCGCAGCACAAAGGAGCUUGCCGAGAGCAAUUCUCUGCAGGUCAUUUACGGUGACACUGAUUCCGUCAUGAUCAACGCCAACGUGGACAACGUCGCCGAUGCAUUCAAGGUCGGCAAUGAGUUCAAGAAAGCAGUGAACGAGCAAUACAAACUGCUUGAGAUUGAUAUUGAUAAUGUCUUCCGCCGUAUCCUUCUCCAAGCCAAGAAGAAGUAUGCUGCCAUCAACCUCGUGGAGAAGGAUGGCAAGUUUAUCGAGAAGAUGGAAAUCAAGGGUCUCGAUAUGAAGCGCCGAGAAUACUGUGCUCUGUCCAAAGAGAUUUCUCAACACCUUCUGAAUGAGAUCCUCUCUGGUGACGAUACUGAGGUGUCUAUUGCCCGAAUUCACGAGUACUUGAACGAAAUUGCUGGCAAGAUGCGUGAGCAGAGUAUUCCCGUGCAGAAAUACAUCAUUCAUACACAGCUUGGAAAGGCACCCCAAGACUACCCCGACUCCAACUCUAUGCCUCAGGUCCAAGUCGCUCUUCGAGAAAUGGCCAAAGGCAAGACGGUCCGCAAAGGAGAUGUCAUAGCGUACGUUAUCACCGGCGAUAGCAACAGCUCCGAGCCUGCUCCUAAGCGAGCUUACACUCCUGGCGACCUGAAGGCAGACUCUUCCCUGUUGCCUGAUGUCGAGUGGUAUAUUGGCAAACAGAUCUUCCCACCUGUCGAGCGUCUUUGCGCCAACAUUGUGGGUACAUCGACUUCACAACUGGCGGAGCAGCUUGGUCUGGAUAUCAAGCGCUAUAGCUCAUUCCAGACCCAACAAAACAGCUCAAGCAAUGACCUUGAAAUCCACCCGUUAGACUCUCAGAUUCCAGACGAAGUUCGUUUUGGUGAUUGCACCCGUCUAUCUCUGCGUUGUCGAAAGUGCAAGGCCUUAUCUACUUUUGAAGGCCUCGCUGCAACUCCUGAGCGAGUAUCACAGUCAGGUAUCCUCUGCAGUUCCUGCGGCACUCUCGUCUCCACACUUUCGGUUGUUGCUCAAAUGGAGCACGCUAUCCGUACUCAAACCAGUCGGUAUUACGAGGGUUGGCUCAUCUGCGAUGAUACUCAGUGCGGCAAUCGUACUCGUCAAAUGAGCGUAUAUGGCUCUCGUUGCCUUGGACCUAAGGGGCUCGCGCGAGACUGUCUUGGUCGGAUGCGGUACGAGUAUACAGAGAAGGCAAUCUAUACCCAGCUACUCUACUUUGCUAGUCUCUGGGACGUGGACAAGGCCAAGACCAAAGCUGCAAUCACCGAGAUGUCCAGGCCAGACCGCGAAAAUAUCCUUGCUCUAGCCGAACACAACCGAGUGCGUUUUGGAAAUAUCAAAGGUGUUGUUGACAAGUACCUUGACAAGUGCGGUCGUCAAUGGGUGGCUAUGGAUACCCUUUUCACCAAGUUGGGCUUCAAACCACUGGUAUGAGUGAUAAAGAAGAGUAUAGACGGUUGUGUAUAAGUAAUAUUCCUGAGAAAUGGAUAAUGGAUACUUGGACAAGUGGCGUCACGAGCGUGUCAUGUUUUAUGAGCAGGGUUUGUGUAAGGAUCGUUGGGUCUCGCGGAGAACCGAGGGAGGCAGAAGAACAGCUGCAAUGGCGUUUAGGAGUUUCGAGAUUAGCAAGAGCUUAUUUUAUUGUUGACAAUUAUUUUUCACAUAUCUAAAACAAAACAGUCAGUAGUAGUUAGCGAUUGACGCUUAAGAACAAUAUUUCAUAUACAA